AUGGCCAAUUUCAACUGACAGCUUCUUUUGUCAUUCUACAUUCUCACCUUCUCGAUCGGCCUCCCUGCCAACAUCCUGGCAUUCUUUACGUUCUGCCGAAAGGUCCACCGCAAGCCUACCCCGAUCGAUAUUCUCCUGCUGAACCUGACAAUAUCUGACCUCAUCUUCCUCACAGUCCUGCCCUUCAAGAUGAAAGAAGCUAUCGACGACAUGAACUGGAACCUGCCGUAUUACCUGUGUCCCAUUAUUAGUUUUCUUUUCUUCUCCACCAUCUACACCAGCACAUUGUUUCUAACAGCGAUCAGCAUAGAGCGCUACCUGGGCGUCUCAUUUCCAAUCCGAUACGCGCUAGGACGACGGCCACGCAACGCUGAGAUUGCAAGUUUUUUCCUAUGGCUUCUGGGCUCGCUAAACCUCAGCAUUGUGUACAUAGUGCCAAACAUCAACUCAAGUGACCCCGUGAGUCCGGAUACCGCGGCAAUAAUGUGCUACGAUAACUUCACCCCAGAGCAGCUGAACAUUCUACUUCAUGUUCGCCUGGAACUUUUUCUCGUGCUUUUUUGCAUACCCCUCCUCAUCUGCUGCUUCUGUUAUAUAAACUUUAUUCGAAUUCUAUCUAAUCUGCCGCACCUGGGACGACGUCGUAGACUCAGGGCCAUUGGACUUGCAGUCGGGACGCUGCUGGUUUUCACCCUCAGUUUCAGCCCGUAUAACGUCUCACAUGUGGUCGGUUUUAUCCAUGGUAAUAGUGAGGGGUGGCGUAAUUUUGCUUUAAUUUCCAGUACCCUAAAUGCGUGUUUGGACCCCAUCAUCUUUUACUUCUCCUCGGCCGCUGUCAGGAGUGCCAUAAGAGUAUGCGCUAAUGGUUUAAGGGACAAACUGCACAUUGUAAGAUGCAGACGGUCCAGGACUGAGGCCUACAGAGACACAAAUCCACCUAUGGAUUGAAGUAUUUCAAUAUAGGUCUACAGAAAGAAAAUGUAUAUAAUUACAUAGUAUGCAUGGACUAUACGUUCUGAGUGGUAAAAUAAAUUCCAAUACCAAUUAUGAGAAUGUCAAUUUCACUACUGGAAGUGAUCAGUUAUCUUUUAAAACAAAUUUAAAAGCUUAUUUAUUCAUGUUAAAUAAAUAUUAAUUUAAAGAAAAUUCUAAUUUUAUUCAGUCUGUGCAUAAAGAUUUAAUCUUUACUACCCAAGAGCACCCUCCGUCGUAAACAUUGUUUUUUUUUGGUGUACAACAACAAAUUAUAUAGGCCUAUAUAUAAAAAAAGAUUACAAUUGCCUUAAGAUAUGUUUCAUGGUAAAGAUAAAGAUAAUCAAAGAUUAUCGAAAUCUUAGUGUUUUUGAGCCUUUAUAGACUCUGCAUGUCCUCUUUAAUAAUGGCACUAUGUUUAUAAGCUGUGUCUGUAAAAAACAUUUUCAUGUUAUUGCAGUCUUGUACAUAAAUUGUAACGCUUUAAUAAAUGUUAUUAAAGCACAACAAUGAAAGAAACACAAAUUCAAUGAAGUUUCCAAAUUUUAUUUCAUGAAUUGUUGCUCAAUAUUUAUUAUACAUAAACUACACACAAACAGCUGAGUGCCUUUCUUCGGGUGAAGCUUCGAGGGUUGCUGCGUGUUCAGCUCCCAUACCCCCAAAGCCCAUUCCAAAGACAACCACGCCAGCUAUAUGCGUGUAUGUACAUCCUAUUGUCAUCAGGCUACAUGGAGACACAAAGGGUGAGAAUCCAAAUGCAAUCGUUUAUUCAGAAGUAUUCCAAGUCAUUACCCAUAAAACAUGCAAAAGUCCAUAAACAGGUAAUCAGUCCAACCAGAGCGAGCAAACAAACCCACAGGGUAGCCUACAGGCAAAAGCAGGGUUAACCAAAUAACCAGAACCAGAUAUACAGCCGAUGGUAAUGCUCAGAAAAGUAGCUGUAACACUGACCAGACUUAGUAAUGACUGCUAGAAUGAACCACCUAUAAAUAGACACAGUUAACAAUGUACAGGUGAAUACAAUGAUGGCUGAUGAGUCCAGGCAGAGGGUUAUGGGAAAUGUAGUAUGUGUUGUAGAGCUGUAA